AUGCCACCAGUUGAGGCACCCCGGCUCCGCUUUUUGCGAGAUGCGUCGGAUUGGUUGAAUUUACAGAGUCCGUCGACGUCGGCGCACCUGCUGGGGGUUCAUACGCAGAUGCUCCACGAGGACUUGAAGCCGUUGAACGCCCGCGAGCAAAAGCACCACUGUGGGGGAUGUGGUAGUAUUUGGCAGGCAAAGUGGCGCAAAGUAACUCGAGUGUCUGAGACGCGAAAGGGAAAAUUGCGAGGGAAGAAACCAAAGUUAGCGGCCAACGGGAGCUCGCGUGGAAGCGCGACAAUCUAUAAAUGCUUGCGCUGUCAGCAACGUUCCAUCUUAACUCGUCACAAAGGCACACCGAAGGCGGCGCCCAGAACUGCACUCACCCCUGCGACUCCGUCUUCGAAGAUAAUUGCACUUACUGCUUCCACGUCCACGUCCACUACCCCAGCGCCCGAUUCCUCUUCGUCUGCCUCACAGGAUCUCACUAAACCCGCGGAGAACGCCGGUAGCAAGAAGAGAGCCAAGGCGCGAAAGCAAGGAGGACUACAAGCUCUGCUUGCCUCAAAACAACAAUCUGCGCCGACUAGCGCGGGGAAGAUGCUCCAGGCAUCCCAAGCUGCCCACCGAUCACAGCUCCCUGACGGUCUGGACAAGCCACUAACCCCUGUGAUCGCCAGGAUGUCUGUCUAUUCGAAUGAUGCAGAGCAUGACCCUUUGGCCGAUGAGCUUCGGGAGACCUCCCUCGUUACCUUGGAGGCUUUGAUAAGUUCUUGCAACCAGCAGCUACAGCCGUACCUUGUCAACACCACAAAUGCCGCCUUGCGAUCCCUUAAGUACGAUCCCAAUGUUGCUGAGGCCGAAGAUGACGAAGAGAUGGGGGGAAUCGAGGAUGACGGAAGUGAAGACGACGCGACUGAGGACCCCGACCUCGAAGACGACGAGUUCGACGACUUUGAGGAAGAGGGCGGAUACAGCGACGUGGACGAUAUGAGUUGGAAGGUUCGCCGAUGUGCGGCUAAGCUCCUCCAUACCCUCAUCUCGACCUACGGCCGCAGCAAGGCUCUGGAAGACGCUACAUUGUACCAGGAGGUCGCCCCUGCUCUUAUCGCCCGUAUUAGCCGAGAGCGCGAGGAAAGCGUGAAGCUCGAAGUGGUGCACACUCUGACUGCCUUGGUUCGGAAAACUAGCGAAGGGUCAGCAAUUUUCAGUUCAGAUGGGGUGUUUGAGUCUCUGAGCGGUUCUAAAAACUCCCGCAAGCGUCGACGCCAGGACAGCGAUGCCAGCAUGGUUGACUUCGAACCAGCCGCCGGAACUUCGUCAGCAAUCGAUUCUCCAGUCGUCCCAUCUUCGCCCAAGUCCGGGCCGCAAGCCGACCUCGCUCGGUCUGUUCCUCUCAUCGUACAGAGCCUUAUCAAGGCAUGGAAGCAAGCUUCGAUGCCUUUGCGCCAGGCGGCGAUCGUCCUGCUUAAAAGCCUUUCCCUUGUUCGAUAUGGAGGUUUGGCGGAUCAUCUGCAGCAAAUCGAGAAUCUAAUUGCCGAUGCAUUGAAAACAUCCUCCCUCUCCGGCAGUCUAGCGGCCCAUUCUGGUGCUGCUGUCAGUGCCGGCACGCUCCAGAUCGAAACCUUAAGCCUCAUUUCCACGAUUGCCGGCACACAUCUGUCAGAUGCCUUGCUUCCAUUUCUCAUUGCUUUGAUCCCAGGCGUGGUCGAAGCCGUCAACGACCGAAAUUACAAGGUCAGCAGCGAAGCCCUGGCCGCCGUGGAGCAGAUUGUCAAGGCCCUCACUCCUCCACGGGUGUCCACCAACACCCCCGAGGUCGCCGUGCAGCUGGAAAAGCUUUAUGAUGUUGCGCACGCUCGGAUCACUGACACCAGUGCCGAUUUGGAGGUCCGAAAACGAGCCAUCCAUGUGUUUGGCGUGAUCCUGGCUCGCACCUCGGGCGAGCGUGGCACGGAGUACCUUUCCACUGAACGUCGUUCCAAGGGCCUUGACAUUCUCGUCGAUCGGGUUAAGAAUGAGACCACUCGUCUGGCAGCGGUCCGUGCGAUUGACGAUGUUGUGGUACUAGCCAACCGACCGGAGGAUGUGAGCAGCGAAUCUGUCAACGAAAUUACCAUUGAACUGGGGUCCAACCUGCGAAAGGCCGAUCGUGCGCUUCGCAGCUCUUGUCUUGAAACCCUACGGAGUACUGCUAUGAAUCCCCACAUCCGAAGUCAUAUCACACCGGCCACCAUGCGCAGCUUGCAGGGUUCCCUCCUGCCUCUUCUACAGACCCCGGACUUCCACCUCCUCACACCCGCUCUCAUCAUCAUGGCCAAGCUAGUCCCAGGAAAUGGCAAAACGCUGGUGAAUGCUGAUAUGAUAUCCGCAAUCUGUACUAUCGUUCGCCAGCGACUCGUGGGUACGGUCUUGAAAGCCUUACUUCUCCUUGUUAAGGUUAUUGGUGAAGAAGGCGUGGGAAAGGACUUGAUGGCCAGUCUGUUGCAAAAUGUCGGCAUCACGGGCAACUCCUCUGUCGUUGGCCGGGCCAUUGGCACCCUGCUAGUGCACGGUGGUCCCGACAUCGGUGUCACCCAAGAGGACUUCUCUCAAGAACUACAGACCGCCACGGACGGCAGUCGAAAAUGCCUGGCUUUGGCUAUUCUGGGCGAGAUUGGCUUGCGCAUGGGGACGAAAUGCUCCCUCUCGCCAAGCGUCUUCAUUGAACACUUCAGCUCGCCAUCUGACAACGUUCGUCUAUCUGCUGCGACCGCUCUUGGCAAUGCCGCUGCGGGGAGCGUCAAAGAGUAUCUACCAAUCAUUCUCAAAGGUCUCACUAAAGCAAAUGACCAAAGCUACUUGCUUCUGCAUUCAGUCCGUGAUCUUCUCCAGCAUACCGAGGUCCGUCCCGAGCUUGCCCCUGCUGCGAUGAAGUUGUGGCAGGCGCUCCUUGCAGUCUCUGAAGAAGAGGAGAACAGGGCCGUCGGUGCUGAGUGCAUCGGGCGACUUGCACUUAUCGACCCCACGUUCUACAUUCCUCACUUCCAGGAGCACUUGAACACCUCCGAGCCUGGAAUCCGUGGAGUUGUCAUUUCGGCCUUCCGCUUCACGUUGACCGAUUCGAGCGAUGCUUAUAAUGAUGUCCUGCGCCCUUUGAUGGUGCCUCUUCUCAUCAGCAUGCUGGCCGACAAAGAUCUUGGCAAUCAUCGUCUGGCGCUGACCACCCUCAAUUCGGCGAUCCAUAACAAGAUGGAUCUUCUCAUUCCUUUCCUCGGCGACCUCCUUCCAGCUGUAUUUGGUGACACUCAUAUCAAACCGGAGCUGAUUCGAGAAGUGCAAAUGGGCCCGUUCAAGCACAAAGUCGACGACGGUCUGGAGUUGCGAAAGAGCGCCUACGAGACUCUCUACGCGUCGAUGGAUACCUCUUUCUCGCAGUCGCAUACAUCCGACUUAUUUGAUCGUGUCAUCGCCGGCUUAGAGGACGAGCAGGAUAUUCGCACCGUCAGCAACCUCAUGACAUCUAAACUUAUCGCUAAUGCGCCCGAAGAGACCGAGCGCCGCCUUGAUGCUCUGUCGGAGCGCUACCUCGCUAUUUUGUCCUUCAAGCCCAAGGACAACGCUGUCAAGCAGGAACUCGAAAAGGCGCAGGAGGCCUCCCUGGGUAUCAUCAAAAUCACCAAAGAACUGAGCAAGGCCUUUCCCAAUGCAGAAAACUCGGGCGAAUUGCACAAAUGGAGUGGGUACAUGGACUAUGUUCGGAAGAACUUCUCCUCGCAGUGGCUUGCCCUGGAGAACGAAGCCUGA